UUAUAAUAAUAAUAAUCAAAAGGUUAAUCAUCAUAAUCCUCAAGCUGCUUAUAAUUAUGCAUAUCCUGUGGCUGCUAAUAAUAUGUAUUAUGGUUAUAUUCCAAGUUAUGGUGGUUAUCAAGUGGUACCAAAUAUGCCUGUACCUUAUGGAGUUCCAACUCAACAAUUUGUCCCUCAAAUUCCAACUCAACAACCAAUUAUUCAAACUCCUCCUCCUACUAAAGUUAAAUUAACUACUAAGGAUGGAAAACUUGUUGAUUUAGAAGAAAAGAAGAAGAAAGUGGCUGCUGCUGCUGCUUCUUCGGCAUCUCCUGUUUCAUCUCCUGCCAAUAGUAUUGUAUCUCCUGCUACUUCAAUUAAAUCUCCUGUACCUGUAACUAAAGAUUUAAAUCCUCCAACAAGUUCAACAACUUCUGCCACUGGUUCAUCCACUUCAAUCGUUAAUACUUCAACUUCAACUUCGACUUCAACUAAUGCAACUAGUCCAAGUAAACCUGCUGCUCCAUCUCCUGCUGAAGAAUUCAUGAGAAAAAUUAGAGCUGCUGCUGCUAAGAUGAAGGAAUCAGCCGCUCCCCAAGAUGCUGAAAAGGAAAAGGAAAAGGUUCAAUCUCCUCCUGGUGAAGCUGUAAAGACUAAGGCUGAAGAAGUUCCAGUUGAAGAAGUUAAACCAACUCCAAAAGCUGAUGAAAAGGAUAAGGAAAAUGUUGCUAUUCCUCCAGUUGUUGUUGAAGCUCCUGUAUCUACUUCAGAUGAACAAGUCAAACCAGAAUCAGUUGUUGAACCAAAGGAAGAAUCCAAGGAAGCUGAAGUUCCAGUAGAAAUUCCAGUUGAACAAGCUCCAGUAGAAAGUACUGAAAAGGCUGAAGUUCAAACUGAAAAAUCUGUUGAACAAGAAGUUGUUGAACCAGAAGCUGUUACUGAGACUGAACCAGAAGUUGCUACUGAAACUGAACAAGCUGAAGCUAAAGUUGUGACUGGCGAUGUUGAAGUUGAAGUUGAAGCUGAAGCAGAAGCAGAAUCUGAUGUCGACGCUGAAGCCGAAGUUGAAGGUGAAGGAGAAACUGAAGAAGGAGAUGAAAAGACUGAAGAAGAUGGUGAAGAAAAAGUUGAAGCAGAAGCCGAACCUCAAUUAACCAUUUCUGAUUUCUUAUCAAGAUUAGAAAAGGCCACUUCUAUUCCUGAUUUAUUACAACAAAAAUACCCAGAAAAUAUAAAUGGUAUUGAUGCUUCUAAGCAACUUACUAAUAAAAAAUACAGAUAUGAUCCUCAAUUCUUAAUGCAAUUCCGUCCUGUUAUUCAAUAUACUAUGGAUCCAGAAUUUAAUGCUAAAUUAGAAAAAGUGGAUAUUGAUGUUUCUAAUGUUAAAAGAAAUGGACCAUCUAAUGCUUCAAGAAAUAAAUUUGGACCAUCAGGUGGUUCAAAUAGAUUCCCAAUGCAAGGUAGAGGACCUUAUAAUGAUCCAAGACAAGCUUCAAGAACUGGAUCUAAAAGAAAGGGACCAGGAGGUGAAAGAUCUAAAUCUUCUCCAAAGAAUAAAUCUAAGAGAAGAGAACAAAGAGAUAGAAAUGAUGAAUCAGAAGAUUCUAAACCUGCUGAAGAUGUUAAACCAUUAGAAAAAUCUGCGAAUAGAUGGGUUCCAAGAUCAAGAGCUACAAAGACUGAAGUUAAACUUGCUGAAGAUGGUACAGAAAUAUUCCCACCUGAAGAUAUUGAAAGAAAGACUAAAUCUUUAUUAAAUAAAUUAACUUUAGAAAUGUUUGAUGCAAUUUCUAAUGAAGUUUUAGCAUUAGCAAAUCAAGCUAAAUGGGAAAACGAUGCUGCUACUAUAAAAUCUAUUAUUUCUUUAACUUUUGCUAAGGCAUGUGAUGAACCUUAUUGGUCAGAAAUGUAUGCUAAAUUUUGUGCUAAAUUAUGUACAAGUCUUCCUGAUGAAGUUAAAGAUGAAACAGUUACACUUCCAGAUGGUUCCCAUCCAAAAGGUGGUAAAUUAGCUAGAAGAUUAUUAUUAGCUACUUGUCAAAGUGAAUAUGAAACGGGUUGGACUGAUAAAUUACCUACUAAUGAAGAUGGAUCACCAAUUGAACCAGAAAUGAUGUCUGAUGAAUAUUAUGCUAUGGCAGCUGCUAAAAGAAGAGGUCUUGGAUUAGUUAAAUUCAUUGGUUAUUUAUAUAAUUUAGGAAUGUUAAAUGAUCCAGUUAUCACCCUUUGUUUAAGGGAUCAAUCUAAGAAUGUAAUUGAUCCAUCAGAAGAUAGUUUAGAAAAUUUAGCUCAAUUAGUUAAAACUGUGGGAUUUAAAUUAUAUGGUGAUGAAAAAACAAGACCAAUAUUAAAAUUUGUCUUUGAAAAUAUAGAUAAGAUUUUAGCUAAUGUAAAAACAUUAUCUUCAAGAAUUAAAUUUAUGUUAAUGGAUUUACAAGAUUUAAGAAGAAAUAAUUUUAUACAAUCUGAAGCUGAUGCAGGUCCAAAGACUAUAGAAGAAAUUCAUCGUGAUGCAGAAAUUAAGGAGAUGAGACAAAAGACUAAUCGUGAUAAGAAACAAAGAAGACAGAAUGAAGGUAGAUCCAAUUCUUCAAGAGCUGGAUCAUCUUGGAAUAAUAAUAAUAAUAACAAUAAUAAUAACAAUAAUAAUAAUAAUAAUAAUAAUUCUGGUAAUGUUGGUACUGGAGUUAAUGCAUUAUUAAAUAGUAUAAAGAAGUCUCCAUCUUUUGUAAGUCAAAGAUCUUCAUCUAAUGGACCAAAUUCCAGUAAUUCCAGUGCUGAAAUUCAAAGAGAAACUUCAAAAAGAUCAGAAUCCACUCAUAUAAAUAGAUUUGCUGCAUUAGGUGGUGAUGGUGAUGAAGAAGAUGGUGAUGAUAAUGAAGCAGAAUCUGAAGCUGGAGAGGAAGAAAAUUAGAUAGUCAUACAUUGAUUGAUUGAUUGAUUAAUUGUAACUAGUUUACAUAAUCAUGAUCUUGUCUUGUCAUUUUGCAUUGCAUAAGAAAACGAAUCGAAUCUGUACAAUAUAGCAUGAACUUUAUUCUUAAUCACGUCUUUUCUACUUUUUAAAUUAUAUAUCUGUAAUAACAACACAUUUGUUUAUUAAUCGCUGAAUCAGUAGUUAUUAAUUGGUUUCAACUGUAAAGGUUGAACUAGC